CGUUUCGCUUUUUAUUUCUCUCGAUAAUGUCGGUGACAAUGCUCUCGACGGCGAGGUCAACCGCGUCAAUGGCGCUUCGCGCCAAGCCAUCAACAGCGAUGAUUCUGCCGAGAGCCUUUCCGAUAGCAUCGAUAUCGACAUCUUCUUCGAAAGGCGCUGCCCCUACAACCGGGUCCCCCGGUCUGGUUAAGGGAAAUCCGCCUCCUCCACCGGCUAUGAAGAAGAUGAAGGGGGGCGACAACGUGCCUCUGCCGACUCAAGAAGGGACGAAGGGGGCUGUUCAAUAUGCCCUGACGACGCUUGACCAAGUCGCCAAUUGGGCCCGACAGAGUUCGUUAUGGCCCAUGACCUUCGGUCUCGCAUGCUGCGCCAUCGAGAUGAUGCAUCUCUCCACACCACGAUACGAUCAGGAUCGAUUAGGAAUCAUUUUCCGCGCUUCGCCACGACAGUCGGACGUCAUGAUUGUUGCCGGGACAUUAACGAACAAGAUGGCUCCCGCCUUGAGAACCGUCUACGAUCAGAUGCCGGAGCCCCGAUGGGUGAUAUCAAUGGGCAGCUGUGCUAAUGGUGGCGGCUACUAUCAUUACAGCUACAGUGUGACUAGAGGAUGUGACAGGGUCGUGCCAGUUGACAUUUAUGUCCCUGGAUGCCCCCCGACAUCCGAGGCGCUGAUGUACGGCAUCUUCCAACUGCAAAAGAAGGUAUGCUAUCCCCUUGGAGAUCGUUUGAUCAGAGCUAAUUCUCCUAGAUGCGACACACAAAGAUCACCCGGAUGUGGUACAGGAAGUAAAGCUGUUCGUGCGGUUCAUGCAUCGGCGUUUGGCAGACGGUGGAAGAUUGUACAUAUCCCCUGAA